UGCUAGAAAAUAAAUGUCAACAUUCCUUAUAAUUUAAUUUUUAAUACUACUAAUUUUCCGGUGUUUUUUAUUUAUGGAUUUGAGCUUUAAGAAAUACUUGAUCGGCAUGAGUUCGUUUGCUCUUUGUAAUACAUGGUUUCUGUGUGAAAAAAGAAUGAAUAAUACUAUCAGAAUCAGUUUAUAAUUUGUUUUUAUCUCUAUAUUUUUUAUAUUUGCAAUGGGUAUCCGGUUAGAAAAAAAUAAUUUAUUUUCUCAGGAUAUAGAAACUUUAACAUUUUUACUUAGCCGAUUAUCUAUUCAAAAUGAAGAACAAGUAGAUUUAUGUCUAAAGGAAGCUUUUGAUUCAAACUCUUCGCAAGUGAAAACUGAUUCUUGUAGUAGCAUUGCACUUCUAUUUAUCUAUAGACUAUCAAGAUUAAUUGGGAACGCAAUUAAAUAUUUAGUUACUUGUUCUUUUGUUGUGUUCUUUCUGUAUUUAUUUAUUGUGUCUCACAAUACAACCCAGAAGUUUGUCAUGAGAAACUGUCAAAAUUUUAUUUAUCCAACAAUGCGCUCUCUUCGUCUAUGGACAUUGCCAAUUUUGAGAAAAUAUGAAUUUCUGUCUGAUUGGCAUGAAGAAGAGUGCAUUCUUCGAAAUCCAUUCUACUAUGAGUUACCUUUGGAUUGCUGGCCAUGUGAAGAAAUACGAACUCUGGUAGAUCUUACAGGAUUUUCUAAUUAUAGCAGUAACUAUGUGUUUAAUGAACAGCCUUUUAUUGUUAGAGAUAGUUUGCAGGAAAUUGUAUCCUUUAAAGAUUUGAAAAACCUUUAUAAGGAUUAUAACUUGGCUCUUGAUCAAGGGACGGCUAGGUUUCUGUGUAGUGAAAAAGACUUUUGUUCUCCCAAGGAUGUUUUUUCUGAAAAGUCUGCUUCUAGAAAUUCAUUUCAAGUUAUGUGGAAAAUAAAUCGCGUUGCUGCUGCUCGUGUAGUUCGAAAAAUUUUCCCUCGUCCAUACUUCAUACCAAAUAAUAGUGAAGUUGCCUUAGAACGUUACUUAUACCUUAGUGGAGCAGAAGCACCUCAAUUUUUCUUGCCAUUAACAGAUUUUGCUAACGUUUGGGUUGCUCAAGGUCAAGGAUAUCGUCUUAUUGUUUUGGAUCCAUCAGUGCCAUGUUUAUCCAAUUGUUCUACAGUUUCUGUUCUUCUUCGUCCUAAAGAUGUUUUAUAUUAUAACUGGCAGUUUUGGAGGCCACGUUCACGUCCAGCAAACUUUAGUGAAGACAUCAGUAUAACAUAUGUUGGUUCUUUUUAUUGAGCACUUUAUUUAGAGAGAAAUAUCACUGUUAUAAUCUGAUACAACAAUUAGAGUUUAAAAAAUAUAUUUUAUUAAACAUUUCUAAGAAAA